AUGGCGCAAACGCACCUGGCGCCCCUCCUCGCCGCGCGUCUCGCCGCACGCGGACAGCUCGCCUCGCGCACGCCGCGCGCCGCCGGCUCAGGCUCGUCGCAUUCGCAUGUGCGCGGCCGCGAGCUGGGUGCGCCGCUCGUCGACACGCGCGCUCUCAAGCGCGCGGCUGCCGAGGGGGCGCAGGAGGAGGAGGGACAGAGCGAGAGUGACAGUGAGGACGGGAGCGAGUAUGAGGAGGAGCAAGAGGAGGAUGUGCAGCCGAAGGCGGUCAAGGAGGCGAGAGAGGAGCAGAGCGUCAAUGCCUCGGCCGUCGGCUUUGCAACGGCGGGAGCUGGGCGUGUGCUUG